GUAACAAAAACUACUUUUUAGGUGUUUGAAUAAGCUUUUUAUAAUUUGUUAAAAACUGAAACAAGAAAAAUGAUGACCGGCGGCUUGAAAUGUCUGAAAUAUUCCAUGUUUGUAUUCAACCUUCUGUUUAUGUUAUGCGGAGCUGCUCUGCUUGGGCUCGGUAUCUGGAUCGUUGUUGAUGGAAACUCGUUCAGCACAAUCGUCGCAUCCAACUCAGUGAUCCUCAACGCAGUCUACAUCAUCAUUGCAGUAGGAGCUGCUCUUUUCGUCAUUGCAUUUCUCGGGUGCUGUGGGGCAAUUAAGGAGAACCGUUGUUUACUUGGCACAUUCUUCGUGAUCGUUCUGAUCAUCUUUCUCGCCCAAAUCGUUGGUGGAAUCCUGGCGUUCGUGUAUUAUGAUCGAGUUCGUCCUGCUGCCUUAGGCACCAUGAGUAAGUUUAAUGAAAAUGGAACGGACGCAGUUACGACAGGCUGGAACACACUUCAAGCAGUGUUUCAAUGCUGUGGAUUUACCAACUACCGAGACUGGAACGAAACGACCUGGACACCCAAAGUGAACCCCUUCCCACUAAGCUGUUGCGCCCGAAAUGUCCUAACUACUACUGGCUCGAUCAAAAAUGAAACCGCGUGUGUUGCUGAGGUUCCUGGCUAUUUCUACUCUGUGGGCUGUGAGACAAAACUGAAGGCUUACUAUUGGGCUGUUGGCGGGACUGCGUUGGGUGUUCUCCUAGUUGAGCUUCUAGCUCUCAUCUUCACAUGUUGUCUGUACCGAGCCGCGGAUGACGACAAGUAUGAUUGAUUCAUACCCAACUCGUGCAAAGUUUAAACACUGCAAGCGAUCUGAGAUCUGCUUUACAAUAUAUUCUUCUGUUUUAUGUACUAACACCACAGACCGUGGAUAAGCAUGCGCUUUCCUAUAGGGAGGCGCGAACUCGUUUUUUUAUUACUAUAUAAAUAAACUAAUGAUAUUCACGCGUUACAUUUAUAAUACUUUAUAAUUUUAAAACAUUGCUACACAGUUGUUAAAGUACUCGUUCUAAUUCUAGUUUUAAAAUCGCACAUUCUCAUUUGCCGCGAGCGCCGUUUUCGUUAUUUGUUUACCGACUGAUUUGAAAGAAUAAUUUGAAUUCGUGUCCAUCCUUUGUAUUUUGAUAAUGGCUGUGUUUAUUUGCACCAUUAGUAACAGAACGGGCCACAAACAAUUUCACCGGCUUAAACAUUCAUGCUGAGUGAUUACCGACAAAAACCGUACCGCGCUGACAUACCUGAAACGCAUGUUCAUGAUUUAACAUCCGCAUACUCGCGUAUUCAGAACCCUUUUGUUAUAUCUACUCUUAUACGAUAUACACAAAGUUUUAUCGCCUUACUAUAUGCACUACAGUUCCACCCGUUAUGACUGUCUACAUAGGCCUCAGCUCAAACUAUUUGUGAAGUUGAUGCUUUUCCGUUUGUUUAUUUUAAAAUAUGAUUUGCUUCUUUUAUUGCUCAAAACGUUUUGCUGCCGUGCCGAGUGUGCGCUAUCACUAUGACGUACUGAGUUACUGCGCUUUUUUCAUUUGUAAAUCAGAAUACAAACAAAACGCCGUGACA